AUGGUAGCCUCGUCAUCGUCUAUGUCAACAUCAUCUUCAUCCACCGACGCAUCUGCCUCCCCCUCCAACCGCCGCCAACACCACCGUCGCCGCCACAAACGAGAUCGAAAACGAGACAGAGACGGAGACUCCCUCAAAGUGCGAAAAAAGCGUCGGUCCCACACAAAACGACGUAGUAGACGUCAUUCCUCUGUUGACAACCACUCUUCUUCUUAUUCAUCGUCUUCCGAAGAUUACAGUUCUACUGACAGUGAACAUGAAACAUCUCAUCAUUCCAAGAGGCACAAACAGAACAGACCCAGAAAGAUCAAAGAUAAAGAGAAAAAGAAAACUCAUCAGCACAAACGUCAUAAGCAUAAAGAUAAAGAGAAGCCGCAGGAAGAGAAUAGUGGUCCUGUACAGCUCUCCAAGUUCUUGGGAAGGGACAAAGAUGACGGUGUACGUCGCAGUGUUGUCUCAGGCAAAAAGAUUCAAUUGAAGCUCGAGAAAACAAAGGAGGACAAGUUAGCAGAGAACAAUCGAAAUGAAUUGCUGAAAUUCUUGAAUGCGAGUUAUGAUUGA